AUGGAGCACAACGAGGAAACAAAGAUAGACUGGAAAAGACUGGAGCCGAAGUACGCGGUGAAGAUCUCUCUCACUGUGCUGUACAGCCUCAUCCUCAUCCUUGGCAUUCUGGGAAACAGCGUUACCAUUCACGUGGCACAGGUGCUCCAGAGAAACGGGUACCUGCAGAAAAACGUCACCGAUCACAUGGUGAGCCUGGCCUGCUCCGAUUUAUUGGUGCUGUUGAUCGGCAUGCCCGUGGAGCUCCACAGUGCCAUCUGGGCUCCGUUUACAUCCACCUCUGGUGACGCUGCCUGCAAGAUUUACAACUUUUUAUUUGAGGCGUGUAGCUAUGCCACGAUACUGAACGUGGUCACACUGAGUUUUGAGCGUUACCUUGCCAUCUGCCACCCGUUUCGUUACAAAGCCUUAAGUGGCAGCCGUACGGUGAAACUCCUGCUCUUUGCGUGGCUCUGCUCCGCCCUCGUCGCUUUGCCGCUGCUUAUUGCCACAGGAACAGAAAUCCACAGUACACCGGUGCAAAAUGUGACGUUCUGCACAAACCUGAGCGAGCAUUGGGUCAUGUAUCGCACCAGCAUCUUCACAGCGUUUAUUCUUUAUCUACUCGUCCUGGGUGGAGUGGCCUUCAUGUGCAGAGGAAUGAUUCUUGUGCUUCGGGCCCCGUUGGGCCCCAGCGACGUGGCAGCAAAUGGAGCUGGGCGGGGCGUCCCCAAACAUGAGAGUGCCCGGAUAAAAGCGUCACGGAAAACAAGCAUCCUCUUCUUGGUGCUGAUCGUCUGUGCUUUGUUUCUGUGCUGGAUGCCAAAUCAGAUCCGUCGGCUGAUGACGGCGGCAGUGCCCAAGUCCUCGUGGACCGUGAGCUAUCUCAGCAGCUACGUGAAGCUUCAUCCAGUGGCGGACACCUUCUUCUAUUUGAGCUCAGUGCUGAACCCGCUGCUGUAUAAUCUCUCAUCGCGCCAAUUCCGCUCGGCCUUCUGGCAAACACUUCUGUGCCGUCUGUCGCUCCAGCAUGUCAACAAACUGACACUGGAAAGCAGUCAAGCCUCGAGGAGCUCCAAUAACACGAUACGGCCCCUACUGCGCAGAUCUUUAAACCGUAUAAGAAGAGCCGCUGGGGAAGGAUCGACUGUUCCAUCAUCAGGAGAGAUUAAAACUGAUCUGCCCAUCACCGAGCAUCCUGCUGCCACAGAGACGCUCGCAUCUCACCCUCAGGAGGAACAAACGAAUGAGGAGACAAAUCAAACGACUGCGAUAGAAGAACAAACUCUCGGUCCAGUACUACAGACAAACAUGGUCUGAAGAAAAUUACAUUAACUCAUUUAAAAUAAAUGUUUUAUCUCUUUCUAUGUACCUAAACUGGCUGACCAUUACACUGCCACAGUGCCACCUGACCACAUGACUACCGUGAGUCUCCACUCGACUAACUCGGGUCUCCACCCGACUCCACUGGUCUUCACGUGACAGCCGUGGGUCCCCACCUGACUUUUGUUUACAAACAGAGCUCAAUCAGCUCCAGGUUAUACAGUACUGUGCAAAAGUCUUAGGCCACCACCACAACCAGACUUGUUGUUUUAGAAGUUUAAUGUCCAUCCAUAUUUAUUUUUCAAUAUAUUUUAUUAAGAUACAAACAAAAAAUACAGGAAAUAUGUACACAAAAUUAAAAAGAUUAAAACUUCUUUAGGCAUUGUCUGUGUUUAGUGUGACCUCUCUUGGCACCAAACACAUCUUGAGCUUUUUUGAGCAGAAUGAAGUUAAAAUCUUUAAAAUUUCAUUUAGGUUUAAGAGAUCCUGCAGUUUCCAGCUACUGCUUAAGUGGAAGGAGAGUUUACCCUAAAAACUUGACACAUCAGUUUACAUAUACAGUUUUUAAUACUAUAUACACAUUUCCUGUAUUUUCUGGAUGUUUUCUAUUAAAGAGACUAAGAAAUAAUUGCAUAUAUGAUCACUAUAACAUUGCAAAAACAAAUCUAAUUCUGGUAUGGUGGCCUAAGACUUUUGCACAGUACUGUGUGUCAGCAGCAGUAAUAAAAACUAAAUGUGAUCUUUUUUAUCUUAUACAUUUAUUGACACCAAUUGAAGAAUGAAACAUCGUUUUGGUUAAAUACUUUUUUUAAUCCCCCUGUUGCUUUAAGUAAAUGUCAUUAUCAUCAGAGUUGCGCAUCAUGUGUGGCAUGUGCACCUUGAAUAAAAAGUGAAAUAUUUUAGAUCUUGAAAUACAUGAAAUUCAUAGCAGUUUUAGUGCCUCACACAGAAAUCACAUUUGACUAAUAAUACUGACAGAGAGUUAUUAAAAUGAAAUGCUAAUAAAGCAGAUCCAGAUUCAGUGCUGGAAUGAGAGCAAGAGUUUACCAAGAACUGAAGAACAGUUUUGUGGAUCUGUAUUAAAGUAGGUAAAUUAAAAUGAAUAGAAGAGAGGACGUCUGCCCCAACCAUAGACUGUAAAAAAGAUGGACGACGCCUGUUCGCUCUCUUCCAUUGGUGAAAAGUGAAGCCGCCAGUGUCCCGAUAUGGCGAUGACAUCUUGGGUCUUGAGUCUGCGCAAUAGCGAUUUCGGGACCAGUCAUGCGCAGUAGUGAGCAGGAAGGGAAGCCGCGAAGUCAAAACCCCGCCCUCGCUCUCGUAGAAUGCGCAUAUCACACGAUAUCACAGCUGUCAAUCAUGACGUGACACCACCGUUUUUAUAUCAUUAAAUAACUAACUAAACACAAACCUAUUUUAAAAACAAACAUUUGAAUUUACAUCAGCGUGAUAAAAACUACAGUAAAUGACAGAAACCAGCUUCGGAAAAAAGAUAAUUGAAGUGUAAUUAAUUUUUUUUGUUGGUCUCAAGUCCCAUUGAAUAGCAUGGGGAGGCGGGGUUUAUGACCUAAACUGGGACCAGUCACUGGGGGGGGGCGAUCGAGACGUUUUGGCUUCACUUUUCAGGGCUUGUGCGGCACGCUUGGCCCCAACUGAUGAAUCUACAGAAAUGUUUUUAUUUCUGCUAAGCAUGCUAACGUUAGCCAUGGUGGAAAGUUUAUCAGUGCCUUAUAAAGUCCAAUAGUUCCUGGAGAUCCCCCAACACUACAUGUUCAGUCAAGUGAAAAGUGAAAGUGGCGUGAUUGUCAAGUAUGGUGGUAACAUACACUCGAAAGGCUCUAUCUUACACCCGGCACAAUGCAGCGCAAUGCGCGACGUAAGUGUCUUUUGCUAGUUUCCACCCUGCGCAAUUAUCAUUUUCACGUUUAGCGCCACGUUGUUUAAAUAGCAAAUGCAUUUGCGCCCCCUUUUGCGCCCAUGGGCGUUCUGGUCUGAAAACGAGGUGUGUUCAGGCGCAUUGUUGGCGCGUUGCUAUUUUGAGGCAACUAAAAUAGACUACGCCAUUGACCAACAAAAACCUGGUCUAAAGUCUAAAGUCAAUGGCGCAAUAGUGUUUUUUGUUAUUUAAAGAGCGCAUUAGUAAAAUGCGCCUAUACACGGGAGGACAACGCGGGUUUGCUUAUCGCAAGGUACAUGAAUGCGCAGCAGCACAAAAACGCUUUUAAAUAUGAAAGAUUAAAGGAUUGAAUGUAAAAGAUUAUUAUUGAGUCUCUUGGACAUAAAUGAGGAGUAAUUAUGAGACGUUAGAAGGCGCAAAGAGCUGCUUCACCUGCAGCCUGGUAAGUAAAUAAAUGCUUUGCUUUAAACAAAUGCAUCUGUUUUUAAAUGUUUUUUUUAAAUGCUACCUCAUGGAUUUAUUGUAUAUGAUGACUCUGUACCUGUGGAUAUGGUGAGAUGAGAAACAUUUUUAAGUAAUGCUUAAAAAAACUCAGGACGCUGUCCAAGUGCUGAAACGGCUUUCCGCACGUUUGUAAAUUCUUUAUCUCCUGUUUGUUACAAAUAUUUUUAAAGUACAAACCUUUUCUUACAUACUUGUAAAUUAUUUUGUGAUGAUAUUGGGAUAGCCAUACAUUUAAAACAAUUAAAAGCCUGCUCUUUUACUUCCAUGACUAAAAGAAAACGGGUUUUAAAGUUUUUAAUAAAAAAAUAACAAUUUCAAUACAAGUGAAAAACAACAAAAUUAUUUAACAUUAAUCU